ACCUAGCGUUGUAUACAAAUCGGUAGCGUUAGCUGGUCCGCCGGUCACCGUAUGUCGCAGGAAAUUUGAGGUCGCGCGUACCGGACUGCUAUACAAAUAUUUUACGCCCGCGAAAAGUCGGAGAUCGACAAACCAGAAAUGAGUUCACAAAUCCGACAAAACUUCCACCAGGACUGCGAGGCUGCCAUUAACAGACAGAUAAACUUGGAGCUAUACGCCUCUUAUGUUUAUCUCUCUAUGGGGUACUACUUUGAUAGGGAUGAUAAAUCCCUGCCAAAUUUUGCAAAGUUCUUUUGCACACAGUCCAAAGAGGAGCGUGAGCAUGCAGAGAAGCUGAUGAGUCUGCAGAACAAGAGGGGAGGCAGGAUUUUUCUGCAGGACAUCAGGAAACCUGAUAGAGAUGAGUGGGGGAGCGGCCUGGAGGCUUUGGAGUGUGCCCUGCAGCUGGAGAAAAGUGUAAACCAAUCUCUGCUGGACCUGCAGAAAAUGGCUACUGAACACAGUGAUCCUCAUAUGUGUGACUUCAUAGAAACACAUUUUCUGGACGAGCAGGUGAAAUCUAUCAAACAGCUGGCUGACUGGAUCUCAAACCUGCGGCGCAUGGGAGCCCCUCAGAGUGGCAUGGCUGAGUACCUCUUCGACAAACACACCCUGGCUGAAGAGGGCAGUUAAACUACACUGUGACGCCGAUCAUCCUGCUCACCUCUGCAUGACAGCCUGCCCCUGUCCCUAACAUGUAUCGCAUACAUUUGAAAGAAGCCAUAGAUGGUGUAUGGAGGCAGGACUCUGCCUCUAGAACAUUUAAAGGCUUUUAUAAUAUGUCAAAUCACAAUGACAUGGAAUAUUAUAAGUGCUUUUAAAGUGGAUCUGGAAAAUAAUUUCAAAGCCUACUUUUUGUUAUUUUGUUACUUUAAUUUUUUGCUGUACGUGUCUUAUCAUAUUCCAUCCCACCUCUUCCCCCACACGUUCACAUUUGUCUCCCGAUUUUAGCAUUUACAGUUUCCUUUUCAUCCAAACUUCCAUUUACCAAUACCUGUCUUUAAUUUAAACACACGUAGCCAGUGUUUCACGUAAAAAAUUAUUUAGGUCUAACCCACAGUGAGGUUCGGAAGCUGUCAGUGGCCAACCAUAUGGACCUGUGGUUCCCAGUCACCUAUGAGGUGUCGCCAAAUGAUUAAAGGCAUAAGAAAGAAAGAAAGAAAGAAAGAAAGAAAAAACUGUUACACAAAUCUUUCUUUAUUUCUGACUUGCCCUUUUUUUGUUUUCUUGUGAAAUACUGGAUACUUAUACCUCUCUUGAAACAGCCCUAGAAGGAACAAUUGCUCCUUGGCACAAAGGCUGUGCCUCUUUUGUACAAACAUUGGGAACCACUGCUACAUACCACUCCUCUGGAUACUCGGAUCACUUUAUGUACACCAUAUAAUUCCUGCAAACACUGUUAUUGACAGCUGCUCUUACAUCUCUGUGCGUUGGAUCCCUAAUUUUAAGUCUGGUAAACUGGUUUCAUAUCUUUAAAGACAAUCAUAUUUGAAUUAAUAUGUGUAUGAAAUGAAACUAUUAAGAGCAAAGCAAAAAACAUGAGUAAUUAGGAAGACAUAUUAGUAAUUAUAAAUAAUCCAUUAUUUAAAAACAAUAUAAUUAAAUGGAAUUCAUUGGCCUAUGUAAUUAUAAUUUAACUACUCUGUAAAUUUUCUGUUUCAUCUGUUAUGUAAUUUAAUGUUCAAUAACCCCCCCUCUUUUUUUUUUUUACUGAUACAUUCCAAAACAACUACUUUACUAAUAAUUAACCAAAGUUAGAAAUUAAGAUGGCACACUUAAGCCUCCAUAUUCAGUAUGUGCACAUAAUUAUUAAUAUUCAUGUCAAACUCAGUGAGCGUACCAAUGAAAUACAGAGUGGCUGCUUUAAAUGCAUCAGUUUUAUGAGUUGAAUAGCUCAUGUUAUGUUGGUCAACUGCAUACGGCGACUCAGUAAGGUGAGUGUACAGUAAUUGCUUUAAAUGAAUUCCAGUGCUAUCUGGAUACACUGAUGUGGAAAAGCAGGUGAAAUCCAUGGAAAAUUUUCCUAAGCUAUUUCUUUGUUGGACAGACUGCUUCUCUCUGCAGGUGCUUUAUAUAAUAUGUUUUGUGAAUAUUUGUUGCCGUGAAUUUAAUUGUGCAUACAGUAUCUUUGUA